CUUGGGGUCAUUGCGUGUGAAGUAACCUGUUUCGUCAUGGGCUGCGGCAUGCUCCUGUUUGCCCACACCGAGCCAGCCGCCCGUGGCCACCGUGAAGACCACAUCCUCAUCUCCACCGACAAAAUAGCCCUGUUGAGAGGUGAUGAAGGUACCGUCAAUUCUGUCACACAUGGCAGGUUCUCGCUGCAUUUCCCACACACACCA